AUGGAGCGGAUCAACAUCCGCCGAAUGAAGAAUUUGCUUUCUCCAUCCCAACAGUUUCCUGGUCGUCUAUGCCGCGAGGAUGAGGUCAACCUUCCCGACAAACCAUUGACCAACAUCUUCAUAAGGAGUAAGGUAAAAACGCAGUUCUAUUCUGUGGCAGAAGCUCUUGCAAGGCAUCGAGAACUACAACAACCCUCUAUUUACAAUAACCCAAAUGCCCCGAUCAGGUUACGACUGGAAUUGAACAUGACCACUGAAAGACAGACUAAAAUGGUUACGAACUCUGAUGAGAUCGUACCAGUGCCGUAUCCGUUUGCGCAUAACGAAAAACGUACAAUUCUCGCAUUUGUAAAUGACCCAAAGCUCCAAGAAAUCGCAGUGGAGUCUGGAGCAGAGAUAGCUCUUGGUCAAGAUGUCGUUAAGAAGAUCAUAAAAGGUCAAUUUCGAACGGAUGAUUACGAUUUUUGCGUGGCCCAUGCAGAUAUGGCUUCUUAUAUCCUGCCCUUGCGCGGAAUUCUACGCACCAAAUUUCCUACACGAUCUAACGGUGGUCUUGGAGAAGAUCUUCCCGAGCUUAUACAAAAAUUCAAGAGUGGUGUGAAGCUUGCUAUUAAAGGAGAUCCUGUCUAUCCUAUAUGGGGUCUCAGUGACUCAGUUGUUGGCAGACUUACCAUGCCUGACGCCGAAGUUGAAGGCAAUGUUGCUGCUGUAAUAAAGGCUGCAUGCGCCCAUAGAAGUGCUGCAUUGGGACCUUUCAUUAAUAGAGCACUGUUGAUGACAAUCCCAGGAGAAGAACAUUAUGCUCUUAAUGUGGACGAGUGGUUGCCUGUUCCUACUGAAGAGGAACUCGAGAAGGUAUAG